AUGGCAGACACCAAUGCUACCACCACCGCAAUCGCCGCCACCACCACCACUGCCGCUAUAUACGAGGCUACCAAGAACAAGAAGCUUCAGGACAAGACAGAGAAAGAGAACAGGAAGAAAGUGUACAGAGGAAGAAAUCUGGCAAUGGCAGACGUCACUAACACCACUGCCGCAGCGGCUGCCACCGCCACCACCACCGCUGCUAUGGGCGAUGCUGCCAAUAAUGGCAAGACUGAGACUCAGAAGAAGAACAGAAUUCAAGUCUCCAACACCAAGAAGCCUCUCUUUUUCUACCUCAAUCUUGCCAAGAGGUACAUGAAGCUUUAUGAUGAUGUUGAGCUCUCUGCUUUGGGAAUGGCAAUUCCAACUGUUGUGAUUAUUGCUGAGAUUCUGAAGAGUAAUGGACUGGCCACUGAGAAAAAGGUUUUGACAUCUACUAUUGACUUCCAAGAUGAUGCCAAAGGUCGCUUAGUUCAGAAGCCUAAGAUUGAAAUUUUGCUGAUGAAGUCAGAGAAUGGAGACAAACUAAAGACCAAUACUGCUGGUACAGCAUCCUGGAAGAUUGCCGAUAAGAAGGAACAAAAUAAAUAG